GAUAAGUGCCCCGCCGACGAGCUUCGCAUGUUCUGGGAAGACACAGACACCGCCAAGCACAGCCGAGAAUACGGAAUCCACGCGUACCUGCAGUACCUGGAGAAGUUUUACAUCAAGAUCGCCGGCACAGGUGGCAAUCAGGGAAAGUUCACCUCCAGCGGCGUGUCCGUGGGAGAGUGCAAGCUGUUCACGAUGCUCCAUUGCCUUGUCCUCAUCAAGCCCAGCGUCCUGGCGCCGUAUCCUGGACUGCAGACUUUCUACAAUCGGUUCAAGGCCCUGGCAAAGACGCAGGACAUUCUGGAGAAGGGGGGUCGCUUCCCGGGCCCCUUCAAGCAGUACUUCAUUGCCUGA